AUGUCACAGCCUUAUCUCGAGAAAUUGAAGGCCGCAAUUGAUGUUCCCCCGGACAACCUUGAUUUUGGUCUGGUCGAGAAGAUAAUCCACGAAGCAGGCUUGAGACGCAGCAGGGACGAGCUCGAACUGGCCGUGAAAUAUCAGGCCAAUAGUUUACGUCUGUUCCAAUUCCUUCUCGAGUCGUCCCCGGCACUUGACAAGCACACGAUAUCACACAUCUUGCGCAAGCACCUGUCAUGUGAUGACAAUGCCAAUUUACUCGUCGCCGCCUUGUUCUUGCCUUACCAUCCAGAUCUAGACUAUCACCCUGAGGAGACUAAAACGACCUUAUGGUAUCGUUUAGGGGAGAACGAUACCGAAGGAGUAAAAUGGUUGCUUGAUCAUGGCGUAAAAGACUUCGAUGGUGAUGGUAUGACUAUCUGUGAUCUGGUCAUCAACAAUGGCGAUUAUGAUAUGGCGAAACGCAUCCUCAAUCUACCAGUGCCCAUCAACCAACCGGGCUACAACGAUUUCACCCCACUACUGGCUGCCGUGGACAACGAGGACCUGCGGAUGGUCAAGAUAGUGAUCGAGGCUGGUGCCGAUGUCAACCUCCCCGAUCCCACAGGCCGCUGGCCUCUGCACUAUGCUGCAGCCCAAAUUCAUCUCGGCAUCGUCCGCAGCCUUUUGGAAAAUGGGGCUGAUCCUAAUCGAGCGACGACAUACGGGUUCCGGGCAUUGCAUUUCGCCAAGGAAGAGAACUGCAGGAAACUGACGGUCGCCGGGAUUUAG